AUGUGCCUUGCAUAUAUUUUUAAGAAAAAUAGAAAAAAAGAUCCAAUAUAACUGGUUACAAAAUGAUAAACAUGAAUACCAACUCGAAAAAUGAAACAAAUGGAGCGAGCAACAAAAAGUCGCCAUCCACUUUAACGUUAUAUUCAAUUGUAAAUUUUAAUCGCAAAAAUGUAAGGGUAGUUAAAGUUACCACUUUUGUGAGCAUUGUCCUCCUGUCCUUUUUAUUCCUCAAUUGUCAUUCUUUCAUCUGCAACGGUAAUAAAUAUGAUAGCGACGCUGACGCAUUCCAAAGUGAAUUAACCCUACCAAAUGGAAGGACCCUAGCAGAGAAAGAAACGUCUAAAGCACAGGAAGAAGGCUUUUUCACAUUUGAAAAUGAAAAAGAUGAGAAACUCAGAAGAGAUGGUUCGCCAUACUUGAAAGUGUACACUAAUAUAAAUGAUCUAAAUAACCUAAGUGUAAAUUCUUUUAAAAUUUGGAAAAACGUGAUUCAAAAUAUGAAAAAUCAUUACUAUAAGGAAACAGUUAACAUGGAUGACAGAUGGAGGCAUUAUAUGUGGCACAUGAUAUGGGAAAAACAUUACAUACAAAACGUACAACGUCUGAUUAAUAAAGCUCUUCAAGAAUUAAACAAUCCAGUAACAAAAAAAGAAAAAAUAAUUAACAACUGGUUCCAAGCGUCUGAGGAGGGCCUAGAGGUUUUCCUCAAUUGUGUUAAGGAACAAUGGGAUAAUGUGGUUUCCGAUAAACACAAAAAAGCUGUCCAGAGUGAGCAAACGAUGAAUGAAGAUGCCAAAAAAGUGAAGAACCAACUCGACAAAAAAAUUGUAACAAAAAUGUAA